AUGUUUGCUCGAAACUAUAAUGGUGCUGUUCAAUUUUCAGUAACUCCUUCUAAUUCCUAUAGUGUAGUAUUGAGACGUGUAAUGGAAUUUGUUGACUAUGAUGAUAAUGAAAAUAUAAAUGAAAAAACAAUAUUUUCAUACUGGUUAAAUACGUCAGAUAAAUAUACAAUGAGUUAUAAAGAAUCGACAUCAGUUUUUCAGAUACUAAUAAAUGAGAUAAAUGGCACGUUACAAAUUGAAGUUGUGUAUGAAGGAACGAAAAUGAGAGAUACAAAAUUUUCAAAAUUAUAUGUAACACCAACAAGUUACUUUUUAAAUAUUGAAUUACAAACAACAAAAUUAAAUUCUUCAAAGUCAAGAUUUGCAUUCGAAUUAUUGAUAAUGGGCUUUAAUAUGAAUCGGCCAAGAAUAUCAACAUUACGAUAUAUGGAUGAUCAAUAUACACCAGGUACAUCCAUCUUUUCUUAUAAUGAUUAUUAUUGUCCUAAAUAG